GUUUUUGAUGAUGGAGACUUUAAAAAGAGCUGAUUGUGGUUAAGGUCGGGACCUCAUCCUUUGUGGGGUGGGGGGAACCCUCCUCUCUCUCUCUCUCUCUCUCCUUCCCUCCUUCCAUCCCGUCGUGUCUCUCUCUCUCUCUCUCCUUCCCUCCCUCCCUCCGUCUUUCUCUCUCUCUCUCUCUCCCUCCCUCUCCCGCUCCCUCUCUUUUCUCUCUCUCUUUGGAAGGCAAGACAGGAGCCCAGUGUCUCCGGUGUCCUGAGGACACCAGUUGAAUGGUGUGGCCUCGGUCAUCUUGAAAUGGUUUUAAGCUCUCAAGUCCUCUCAAAGAGUUUUUAGCGGAGAAAAACACAGAUCCUAUUUUUCGUUUCAAGCUACGGAGAAACCCGCUCAUACGUUCCUGAAAAUGCGAGGAAACUGACUAACGUUUUCCUUGGGUCAGAUGUUAGAAAAUUGGAUUUUGACCAUCCUCGUUUCGUUAGGCGUUGGCUCAGUUCUGGUCCUCGUGGCCACGGUUAUGCUCGUGAAGCAUAACGUCCACGCCAAAAUCUUCUGGAACGAGCUGGUUUUAGAGAAGAUCACCAACUUCGUCAUGGAUCAAAGCAAGGAGCAGAGGAUUUUAAAUUCGGUCUCGUACAACGCCGUCAAGGGGGAUCCGGAGAGCGUGUUGAAUUGCAUCGAUAAGUACUGUGGCCAGUACGAGUGGGCCAUGAACGUGGGAGACGAGAAAGGGAUAAUUCUAGACAAAACUGUCGAGGAAGCCGAUCCGACGGUAGCCCUGGAGAUGGGGACCUACUGUGGUUAUUCGGCCAUCAGGAUCGCUCGCCUGUUGAAACCCAACGCUCGCCUCCUCUCCAUCGAAUUCAACCCGGAGUUUAUACCCAUCGCAAAAGAGAUCAUUGAAAUUGCGGGACUCAGCGAGAAGGUGACCAUCAUUGAAGGCCAUUCACAGGACAUUAUCCCUCAGCUGAAGAAGAAAUAUGAGGUGGAAACACUGGAUUUCGUCUUUCUCGACCAUUGGAAAGAAAGAUACGCCCCAGACACUAUUCUCCUUGAAGAAUGUGGUCUCCUGCGCAAAGGCUCCAUCCUUUUAGCUGACAACAUCGUCUAUCCGGGAGCGCCAGAGUUCAUUAAAUACAUUCGGAGUAACAGCCGCUACGAAUGUACCAGCUACCCUACCUUCCUGGAAUAUAUGAAGGUGGAAGAUGCCAUGGAAAAGGCUGUAUAUAUGGGAUAAGGGGUGGGGAGAGAGGCAGGGAGGGAGAACUUACUAGGAUUCAACCUAUGUACAUGCGAUCCUACGCGAUUUAGUGCUUUAGUUUUGAUUUUUGCCAAUGGGAGCUUUCUGCAAUCUUUCAGAGCUGGUUGUAGACCAGGGUUUAGGUAUCCAGAGCCAAGUCAACUCAAGAACCACUUCUUCUACCAGAGUUGCUCGAUUUCAUCAACUUUAAAGAUGGGUGGACUUCCACACCUAGCAUAUCGGGGGUCGAAGUCAAUGAAAGCUGGCUGGGGAAUUCUGGGAGUUUUGAAGAUCACCCAUCUUAAAAGUUGCAGAAAACUGCUUUCGACAAUCCCUUUCGUUAUGCUUUCAUGCUGUUUUGAGCUGUCUUUUAUUUCUUCUUCUCUGCUUGACAUGAUUUUAAAAAGGCACCAAGUUUGGGACCCCACUGGUACCCCAAAAGGAGAAGUCAGCUGGCUUGAUAUCUUAAGGGUGAAGGAUUAAAAAAAAAAAUUUUUUUUUCCAGAAAUACUGAGUUUGGCGGCUAGGGGACAGACAAAUUAUUUCCUUGCCAAGAAUUGGGGAUUUUUUUUUUGGUAAAAUGUGGGACACAGGAAAAAGUCACCUUCACCUUUGCUGUGUUCUUCAAAUGCUGCUAGGACAAUCUGUGGAAAGGCUAAAGUGAUGUCUUCAAAGAAAAGAACCCAUGGCAGCAGUGAUGCUGUGCUAUAAUAAGUCCAACAUUUGCAGAUGUGGGGCUAAAAUCCACAUCCUGUCUCUUUGGUCUUGUAAUAAAUGUGCUUCUUUUGUAUGGUGGAACUUCAUUUUUCCCCUUGGCAAAGGGAUGAGAAAAAGCAUAUACCUAGAUAAGCAGGGAUUAACACCAGACAAACAAUCAAGCAGAAAGCAAUACCCUAUUCAAGGGAGUUACCAAGGAGAAAAGUAUACCCUGACUAAAAAUCACAGGGCAAAGUACUAUAUACCAUAUUUCCCAGAAAUAAGACCCUGUCUUAUAUUUUCUGAACCCCAAAAUAAGCGGUUGGCCUUAUUUUCAGGGAGGUCUUAUUAUUUUGGGGCACGUGGAGCAAGACGGGGCUCCUAUCUUACCUGAUUUCCAGCUCUGUCUCCCUAACCCUAACCAGAGGAAAUGGCGGGGACUGGCUGAACAUGUGUUUAAAUAUUUUUGGGGAGGGCUUAUUUUCGGGGGGGAGGUUUAUUUUAGUGCAUGCAUUCAAAAACCCGAUUGGGCUUAUUAUCAGGGGAUGUCUUAUUUUCGGGAAAACACGGUAUAAACAUUCCCUCACACUGAUGAUGUUAUCUAGUCAGGUAAUGAAAUGUCCUGCAAGCAAACAGCCAAGCUCAGAGAGCACCAAGAACUCCAUACUGCAACUCAGUCUGUGCAUUCUAGGUAUUGUAAUCCUACCUGUUCUGGAGGGCCAUUUUUAUCGGAAAACUGAAUCACUUCAGUUAUGGUUUCCUUUUGAGAGAUUCAGCUAUGAUUGCUCAGUAAUAGAAUUAUUAUAUCCACCUCAAAGCGACAUAUAUUCUCCAAAAAUGACAGAAGGAUCUUUUUGUAACUAAUUUUUCAGAUUUAUACAUAAAAUAAGGUAGUUUCCUCCUCCACCAUUGCCAGGAACUGCUUGUAAACACUGAGAAAGCAUCGCUUUUUAAAUGAAUGCAUUUCCAUUUUAUCCGUAGCUUCUCUAAAUUAUUGGAAAUCUUUACUCUUUGCCUGCUUCUGCUCUCUUCCAAUUUCCUUGCAUCCAACUUUCCCUCCCCAAAAUAAAUUAGAGAGGCAAAAUUUAACAAACAGUAAAAGAAAAUAGCAAAAAAAAAAAAAAAAAGAGAGAGAGAGAGGCUUAAGUGGUACAGAAUAGACCACAACUCCAAUUUAAGCCUCAGAUAUUUUCAGAGACAAAUUUUAUCGAUCCCGAAACGCUUUCCUUGAAGAAAGUUGCCACCACAUAAUGUUUAAAUCUUCUCCCAACCUCAUUGGGAACAUGCAUUUAUUCAGACCUUAAAUAACCCUGACAAUCCUAAUGAAGACCAAUUAGCUAAAUGAGAAAUAUUGACAGAUCCGAGCAAUUAAGUUGGUCUAACCAACUAAGCUAACAUGGGGGAAAAAAAGAGAUUAGGAUUUACUCACAGAUGUUUUUUUUCCCUCCACCACCGUUUAUUUAGGAGAAAUUUAAUUUGGUUGAAUAAAGUCCAGCAGAACCUUCUAAGAGAAAAGUAGGAAUUUAUUCACAGUGGCUCAGAAACAUAAGGAGUAAAAAGGCCAAACUCGGGACUCCAUUUUUGAUAGUCAGAAUAGAAAUGGCACAUUCCAUAUGAAAUAAAACUUGAGUCACAGCAAACCUUGUAGCUUGCUUGUUACAAAUACAUUGAUUAGGGGGCGAGAUGUUAAGAUUGAUUUCCUACAAUAAAGUGAUCUUAUUUGGACACGGUGAA